GGCGGGGCGGGGCGGCGCGGUCCGGUGCGGGGAUGAGCGCACGAGCAUGAAACAUGGCUGCCCGGCUGUCAGCGGGGCCGCGUCCCCGGGCGGGAUGCUGAGGAGCCCGCGCGGGGGUGCCACACGCGUGCGUGCGCUCGCGAGGAGGAAGCACAAGGUCACGCUCGCGCCUUCCUCCUCCUCCUCCUCCUCCUCCAUGGGAGCCGGGGGCGAGGAGGGAGGCGGGCUGCGCGCGCGUGGCCGUGUGUGAAGACCGGGCUCCUCGCUCCCCGAUGGAGCCGGGCAGCGUCCUGAGGCGCUGCUGCUUCUCCUCCUCCUCCUCCUCGCUGCUGCUGCUGGAGGCCAACAGCCGGCUGCUCCUCCACGGCUUCCUCUACCUGGUGCUGUACGCCCAGGUGUCCCAGGGCAAGCCCUGCGACAGAGCCUCUUGCUUCGCGGGCCGCUGUGUCAACGCCACCUGCCUCUGCGACCAGGGCUGGGUGGGAGACCAGUGCCAGCACUGCCAGGGCCGCUUCAAGUUGACAGAACCCUCUGGAUACUUAACAGAUGGUCCAAUAAACUAUAAAUAUAAAACCAAAUGCACAUGGUUAAUUGAAGGCUAUCCUAAUGCAAUACUUAGAUUAAGAUUUAAUCAUUUUGCCACAGAAUGUAGUUGGGACCAUAUGUAUGUUUAUGAUGGCGAUUCAAUAUAUGCACCUUUAAUAGCUGUAUUUAGUGGUCUAAUUGUCCCAGAAGUACGUGGAAAUGAAACUGUUCCUGAAGUAGUUACUACAUCUGGAUAUGCAUUACUACACUUUUUUAGCGAUGCUGCUUAUAACCUAACUGGUUUUAACAUUUUUUACUCGAUCAAUUCCUGUCCUAACAAUUGCUCAGGGCAUGGGAAAUGCACAACCAGUGUCUCCAUUCCAAGCCGGGUAUAUUGUGAAUGUGACAAGUAUUGGAAAGGUGAAGCCUGUGAUAUUCCCUAUUGUAAAGCUAACUGUGGCAGCCCAGAUCAUGGCUACUGUGAUCUGACAGGCGAGAAGCUGUGUGUAUGCAAUGAUAGCUGGCAAGGUCCUGAUUGCUCUUUGAAUGUCCCUUCCACGGAGUCUUACUGGAUUUUACCCAAUGUGAAGCCAUUCAGUCCUUCUGUAGGUCGGGCUUCCCAUAAGGCAGUUUUACAUGGAAAAUUUAUGUGGGUGAUUGGUGGAUAUACCUUCAACUACAGCUCAUUCCAAAUGGUGUUAAACUAUAAUUUGGAAAGCAGCAUAUGGAAUGUAGUACCAGUUUCAAAAGGACCUCUUCAGAGAUAUGGACAUACUCUUGCUUUAUAUCAGGAAGACAUCUAUAUGUAUGGAGGCAAAAUUGAAACAAAUAGUGGGAAUGUUACUGAUGAGUUAUGGAUUUUCAACAUACAGAGUCAAACAUGGAGUACCAAAACUCCUGCAGUACUAGUGCAUGGCCAGCAAUAUGCUGUGGAGGGUCAUUCAGCGCAUAUAGUAGAGUUGGACAGCAGAGACGUUGUUAUGAUCAUCAUUUUUGGAUACUCUGCAAUAUAUGGUUACACUAGCAUCAUACAAGAGUACUACAUUAGAUCUAAUUCUUGGCUUGUGCCAGAAACAAAAGGAGCGAUUGUACAAGGUGGAUAUGGUCAUACUAGCGUGUCUGAUGAAAUGACAAAAUCCAUUUAUGUUCAUGGUGGAUACAAAGCACUACCUGGCAAUAAAUAUGGAUUGGUGGAUGACCUUUACAGAUAUGAGGUUAAUACUAGGACAUGGACUAUCAUGAAAGAGAGUGGUUUUGCAAGGUAUCUUCACUCAGCUGUUCUCAUCAGUGGAGCUAUGCUCAUUUUUGGAGGAAACACCCACAAUGACACUUCUUUGAGUAAUGGCGCAAAGUGCUUUUCUGCUGACUUUCUGGCAUAUGACAUAGCUUGUGAUGAAUGGAAAAUUUUACCUAAACCUAAUCUGCAUCGAGAUGUGAACAGAUUUGGGCAUACUGCCGUUGUCAGUAAUGGGUCCAUGUAUAUAUUUGGGGGGUUUUCAAGUGUUCUUUUGAAUGACAUCCUUGUGUACAAGCCUCCAAACUGUGAAGCAUUUAAAGAUGAAGAACUAUGUAAAAAUGCUGGUCCAGGGAUUAGAUGUCUGUGGAACAAAAAACAUUGUGAAUCCUGGGAAUAUGGGCAAGCUAAUAAUGUCCUUAGAGCAAAGUGUCCCAAAAAAUCAGCUGCUGCUGAUGAUAGAUGUUACAAAUAUGCAGACUGUGCUAGCUGUUCUGCCAAUACAAAUGGGUGCCAAUGGUGUGAUGACAAGAAGUGCAUUUCAGCAAACAGUAACUGCAGUAUGUCGGUCAAAAACUACACCAAAUGUCACGUGAGAAAUGAACAGAUCUGUAACAAGCUGACAAGCUGUAAAAGUUGUUCUCUGAAUCUGAACUGCCAGUGGGAUCCGCGGCAGCAAGAAUGCCAGGCCUUACCAGCUCAUCUGUGUGGGGAAGGAUGGAAUCACAUUGGAGAUGCCUGCCUCCGCAUAAAUUCUAGUCGUGAAAGCUAUGACAAUGCCAAACUUUAUUGUUACAAUUUAAGUGGGAAUCUUGCCUCAUUAACAACAUCAAAAGAAGUGGAAUUUGUUUUGGAUGAAAUACAGAAGUAUACACUUCAGAAAAUUUCACCUUGGGUAGGUUUACGCAAGAUCAACAUCUCUUAUUGGGGAUGGGAUGAUAUGUCUCCUUUUACAAACACAACACUGCAGUGGCUUCCUGGAGAACCAAAUGACUCUGGAUUCUGUGCCUAUCUAGAAAGAGCAGAGGUGGCAGGCCUGAAAGCAAACCCAUGCACUGCUAUGGCAGAUGGUCUUGUCUGUGAAAAACCUGUUGUUAGCCCCAAUCAAAAUGCUAGACCAUGCAAAAAACCAUGUUCCCUGAGAACUACAUGUUCCAACUGCACAAGUAACGGAAUGGAGUGUAUGUGGUGUAGCAGUACAAAACGCUGUGUUGACUCGAAUGCCUAUAUAAUCUCCUUCCCAUAUGGACAGUGCCUAGAGUGGCAGACAGCCACCUGCUCUCCUCAAAACUGCUCUGGAUUGAGGACCUGUGGGCAGUGUUUGGAGCAGCCUGGAUGUGGAUGGUGCAAUGAUCCCAGUAAUACAGGAAAAGGGCAGUGUUUGGAAGGAUCUUCCAGAGGACCAGUGAAGCCUGCCGGGGUGCACUCUCAUGAAAUGGUCCUUGAAACUAGUCUGUGCUCAAAAGAGAAAAAUUAUGAAUGGUCUUUCAUUCAUUGUCCAGCUUGCCAGUGUAAUGGACACAGCACCUGCAUUAAUGGCAACGUUUGUGAUCAAUGUAAAAAUCUAACAACAGGAAAACAAUGUGAAACAUGCAUGCCAGGAUAUUAUGGAGAUCCAACAAAUGGAGGACAGUGUACAGCUUGCACAUGCAGUGGACACGCCAAUGUUUGCCACAUGCAAACAGGAAAAUGUUUUUGCACAACAAAAGGGAUCAAAGGAGACCAGUGUCAACUCUGUGACUCUGAAAACAGGUACCUUGGAAAUCCACUCAGGGGAACAUGUUACUACAGCCUUUUGAUUGACUACCAGUUUACCUUCAGCUUAUUACAAGAGGACGAUCGCCACCACACUGCCAUAAACUUCAUAGCAAAUCCCGAACAGUCGAACAAAAAUUUGGAUAUAUCAAUUAAUGCGUCAAACAACUUUAACCUCAAUAUCACAUGGUCUGUUGGCUCUACAGCUGGAACAAUAUCUGGAGAAGAAAUUCCUGUUGUUUCUAAGGCUAACAUCAAAGAAUACCGAGAUAGUUUUUCUUGUGAAAAAUUCAACUUUCGAAGCAACCCAAACAUCACAUUCUAUGUAUACGUCAGCAAUUUUUCAUGGCCAAUCAAAAUACAGAUUGCCUUCUCACAGCACAACACCAUCAUGGAUCUUGUGCAGUUCUUUGUCACCUUCUUCAGUUGCUUCUUGUCCCUACUGCUGGUAGCUGCCGUUGUUUGGAAAAUCAAACAAACCUGCUGGGCUUCUCGACGGAGAGAGCAACUUAUGCGGGAGCGACAGCAGAUGGCCAGCCGCCCCUUUGCUUCUGUCGAUGUAGCACUGGAAGUAGGAGCUGAGCAAACAGACUUUCUACGAGGGCCAUUAGAGGGUGCUCCUAAACCAAUUGCCAUUGAGCCUUGUUCAGGAAACAAAGCAGCAGUCCUUACUGUAUUUUUAUGUCUGCCAAGAGGAUCGUCAGGAGUCCCACCACCUGGUCAGUCAGGUCUUGCAAUUGCAAGUGCCCUGAUAGACAUUUCACAACAGAAGCCUGCAGACUGUAAAGAUAAGAGUUCAGGAGUCAGAAAUCGAAAACAUCACCUCUCAACACGUCAAGGAACUUGUGUCUGAGAUCUAGAAACUGCACUUGUAUAUUCUGUAAUGUUUUCUUUUUAAAUGGCUUCCAUUGAAAGCUAUACUACAGCCUCAGUUUUUAUGGAGGCAAAUCUAUGGAUAAUGGUGAUAGGUAAAUAUGUGCUCUGUUAUAUUCACACUUGCAACCUACUAUGCCCCAAAGCAGAACAACCUUAUGACGAAUAUGAGUAUACUGAUCAGCUUUAGAUGAAGCAACAGAUUCUGAUAUCAUCAAAAUAUAAAAUAAACUAAACAGCUCGCUUGAUCCUGAGCAAAUCAGAGGGGGGAAAGUCUUGACUACAGCUAGGAGAGACUAUGUUAUUUUGUAAUGAAGAAAGAAAUUGUAUAAUUGAAAAUUAAGCUUAACCCUGGGACGUUGAAGGACAUUUUUAUAGCUUAACAUCAUGUUAAGAAUUGUACAGUUUUUUCUCCUUUUGAUCAGCAUUAAGACAUUCUUUCAGAAAGAACUGAAAAGGUUGUUGUGAAUUUAGGUGUUAUUUUAUCAUUUCCCAAAUGUGAAGGAAGAUUUUGAAUGAAUAGUUAUUGCAAAAAUUAAUGUGCAUAUAUUUCAGUGAUCAUACCAUAUGAAAAAACUUGAGUUGAACAUAUCAUAGUUUUUUACCUUCCUAAAGGCCCUGAAGUCGAGUCUGGGCUACAGUCGAAUGAUGUGUGGACAGUACUAUUCCACUUCAUGAGAUUUAUUAGACGUCUGAAUGAGAUAUAUGGUCUAAGCGUUGGUUUUGCUUGCCAACCGACUAACUCAUUACCAGAACUGACUGAAAAUCGAAAAGCCUGUUUUGCAAUCAAGUUCCUUGUUUUUCCAAAAGCUAUCUCCAAGAUUGCAAACUGAGGGAGAGUUUCACUCGCAGUUGUUGUACAGUAGUCUACCUACUCCUGUUUCCUAUUGUAACAUCCUAAAAUGACUAUAAAUUGUUUCCUUUCACCUCCUAGCAGAACUGCACCCCAACCAGCACAUUGACCCUUCUCUAAUAAAUUGUGGACUUCUCUUCUAACUGUAGAGUUUCACAUGCUCUACAAUUUGAUCCUAUUGAAAGAAUUUUCUUGAAUACCAAAAAACUCCUCCCAAGACAAACCCAAAAAACAAACCAGCACAAAACCAGCUUGGUUCCCAGAGUGGUUUUCAGAUAAUUCAUUUAGUAUGAGACCUGACCAAAUCAGCAUUCAGCAGCAAAAAAAAAAACAAAAAAAAAAAACCCUAACAGGACAGCAUCCUUUGACUGUCUGUUCAUCUAACAAGCUCUGAGGGGCUUGUUACCACAGUAAGCACUCCAGCAAACAGCCUCUUACAGCCCUCUUCGCUGUCUUUUCAUUUAGCCAUAAUGCUGAAACGUAGCAAAAUCAAGAGAGACUAAUAAGGGAGAGGUAGCAGAUGAGUCCUAUUCUCAUUUAUGCAUUAAAUGUCAAUGGCAGUUGGUACAAACUCAAGAGUUUUGGUAGGUCUUACUUGGAAGUGCAGGUUAUCAACUCCAAGUUUGCCAAGGUGCUAAUGUAGGGGAGAGCCGGAGAGGUAUAAAUGCCUCUAGUAUAUCAUAGAGUUUUGGUAAAUAUGAAAGAUAUUUAAAGAUAAUUGAUGUUUUACUACUAUAUCUGUAUUUUUUUUUCUUUUUCUUUGGGAAGGUGAUGACAUUUUAAUGUUUACAAUUGAUUACAUAGUUACUUGCAUGCCAUGAUGGUGCAGUAGCAGUAAUAAAGCCCUGUUGUGAGUUGAUUGUGUUUAUUUUGUAAUGCCAUUCAUACCUAGAACUACUCUAUUUAAUUUGGAUGAGGACUGAAUGUAAAAAAUACAUAUAAAAAGGAAUGGUUGUACAGUAUGUAGUUACAUCUUAUACAGGAUUAUUAGGUUGCAUCUAACCAUGACUGCUAUAUCGUUUUGAUAAAUUAUGCAUUUAUGAAUUAUGGUAUAAUUAUUCAUUA